GUUGCGGUCCUUUGCACACACAUCCCUGUCAUUGUUCUGCCUGGAGAGACAGGGCUGGGUUCAAGGCCACAUGUGCUCCUGUCAUCAUCCACAUUUCUGCUUCAAGUGCAACCCGGAGUGUCAGCUCUCCAUCUGUCUCUGGCUGGCAGGCGCACGCGCCCAGCACCCUGCCUGGGGCCAUGCCGCCCCAGCCCCUUCCGAGGGCCGUCCUCUCCCCGCCCGCGCUCAUUCCAGAACACGAGGCCUGAGCUCCGCUCGCGCAGCGGGCAGCAGGCAGCCGCCUCCUGUGGACGCCGCCUUCAGGGAUGCCGGAACACUGAGGUGCUUGAGAAAGUAACAUGUUCCCGGUGGCACCCUCCAGAUCGGACUGAGAAACACUCCACGAUGCCAGACUCACCUGUGGAUGUGAAGACUCCGUCCAGGCUGACUCCUCCCAUGAUGCCACCUCCCCCGACAACUCAAGGAGCCCCGAGAACCAGCUCAUUCACACCAACAACGUUAACUAAUGGCACAAGCCAUUCACCCACAGCCUUGAACGGUGCCCCCUCGCCGCCCAAUGGCUUUAGCAAUGGGCCUUCCUCUUCUUCCUCUUCCUCUCUGGCUAAUCAACAGCUGCCCCCAGCCUGUGGCGCCAGGCAACUCAGUAAACUGAAACGGUUCCUUACUACCCUGCAGCAGUUUGGCAAUGACAUUUCACCAGAGAUAGGAGAGAGAGUCCGCACCCUCGUCCUAGGACUGGUGAACUCUACUUUGACAAUUGAAGAAUUUCAUUCCAAACUGCAAGAAGCUACUAACUUCCCACUGCGACCUUUCGUCAUCCCGUUCUUGAAGGCGAACCUGCCCCUGCUGCAGCGCGAGCUCCUGCACUGCGCGAGGCUGGCCAAGCAGAACCCUGCCCAGUACCUCGCCCAGCACGAGCAGCUGCUCCUGGACGCCAGCACCACCUCCCCUGUGGACUCCUCCGAGCUGCUCCUCGACGUGAACGAGAACGGGAAGAGGCGGACUCCAGACAGAACCAAAGAAAAUGGCUUUGACAGAGAGCCUUUGCACUCAGAACAUCCAAGCAAGCGGCCAUGCACCAUUAGCCCCGGCCAGCGGUACAGUCCAAAUAACGGCUUGUCCUACCAGCCCAAUGGCCUGCCUCACCCCACCCCACCUCCACCUCAGCAUUACCGUUUGGAUGAUAUGGCCAUUGCCCACCACUACAGGGACUCCUAUCGACACCCCAGCCACAGGGACCUCAGGGACAGAAACAGACCUAUGGGGUUGCAUGGCACACGUCAAGAAGAGAUGAUUGACCACAGGCUAACUGACAGAGAAUGGGCAGAGGAGUGGAAACAUCUUGACCAUCUGCUAAACUGCAUAAUGGACAUGGUGGAGAAAACCCGGCGCUCUCUCACCGUGCUGAGGCGGUGUCAGGAGGCGGACCGGGAGGAGCUGAAUUACUGGAUCCGGCGGUACAGCGACGCUGAGGACUUGAAAAAGGGCGGCGGCAGCCACUCCCGGCAGCAGAGCCCCGUCAACCCGGACCCCGUGGCAUUAGAUGCACAUCGGGAAUUCCUUCACAGGCCUGCUUCUGGAUAUGUGCCAGAGGAGAUCUGGAAGAAAGCUGAGGAGGCCGUCAACGAGGUGAAGCGCCAGGCCAUGACCGAGCUGCAGAAGGCCGUGUCCGAGGCCGAGCGCAAAGCCCACGACAUGAUCACCACCGAGCGGGCCAAGAUGGAGCGCACGGUGGCCGAGGCCAAGCGGCAGGCGGCGGAGGACGCGCUGGCCGUCAUCAAUCAGCAGGAGGACUCCAGCGAGAGUUGCUGGAACUGUGGCCGAAAAGCGAGUGAGACCUGCAGCGGCUGCAACACGGCUCGGUACUGCGGCUCGUUUUGCCAGCACAAAGACUGGGAAAAGCACCACCACAUCUGUGGACAGACCCUGCAGGCCCAGCCGCAGGGGGACACGCCCGCCGUCAGCUCCUCGGUCACGCCCAGCAGCGGGGCCGGGAGCCCGAUGGACACCCCACCAGCAGCCACCCCGAGGUCAACCACCCCGGGGACCCCGUCCACCAUAGAGACAACCCCUCGCUAGAUGUGAACUCCGAACUGUCCAAGGAAACAACAACACAACCAACACGAAACCAAUUCUUCAUCCUCAGAUGCUCGAAGUUCUUUUUGUUUGUUUGUUUGUGUGUAGAUGAACUUUCCUAUUGCAGUCCUUGAGCAAGAGAGAACCUACCCGGUAGGAAGACAGAGGGCCAGUCACGGGUCGUAAGGACUUACUGUGGAUAACAAAGAUAAUCUCCUCCUUAGAGAACUGAAAAGAGAGCAGAGAAUAUAACAUGAAAUGAUAGAUUUGACCUCCUCCCUGUUAUUCGCCAGUAGCUGGGAUUUUAAACUAGAUGACCUCAUUAACCGAUGCUUUACCAAACAGCAAACCAAGAGAUUGCUAAUUGCUGUUGAAAGCAAAAUGCUAAGAUUAAGACACAGUGUUCCUGAUAUACAAUAAUGGGGGGGAAAAAAGGAAAAAAACAGAGGAAAACCCUCCAGGGCAUGAGCAUUGGCUACAGUGGUAGACGCUUUAACAAGAAGAUGAAUGGCGUCCAUGGGUUGCUAACUGAACUCUGAAGACCCGCUACAAAACACACAUAUGUGCAGCAUAUUGGAAGGAGAAACAGAUGUUCGUUUCCCCCCUCUCCCCCCCACCCCCAGUUUCUGAAAAGAAAUAAUAUCCAGGUCAACAGAAUGAAAAAUGAAAGAUGAUUUGCAGUGGGAUGUAUGGAUACAGCAGCAAGAGAGAGAAAAAAAAAAAGCCCUAAUACAAAAAGCUCCUUUACACACACACACACACACACACACACACACACAGGUUAAGAGAUUCAGCCUGCAGUUAAUUAGCAUUCUGGCAGCUCUGACAUCAGUCGCUGCCCUAACUAACCCAUUCCACGUUUAUUCACUUUUGCGAGAUUCCACAGAAUAAGACAUUGGGUCUAUUCCAGCUCAUUCAUUUUUAUAUUGAAAAAUACUUUUUAAAAAAUGGUGGCUCCAGCUCCAGCCCCUUUCCAAAUUUUCAACCCUGCCCUGUUUAGAUUUUUUAAUUAAAGACGAGUAGUUCUCUUCGUGUGAAAACACUUCUGUCCUGUGAGGUUUCCAAUGGUGUUUUUCUUGUAAAUGUGUUGGACAAAUGUGAAGAUGCAUUGUAGUUUAACCAUACGCCCGCAUUUAGUCUCUUUAUUCCUAGUUGAUGAGAAACCUGUAUCUUUCUAUGCUGCUUUUAUAUCUAUAUGUAUUAGUGAUAUUUCUCUAGUAGUUCGGGGGGGAAAAAGACUUUUUUUGGUUGUCCUCAAGAAAAGAAAAAAGCAAAGAAAAAAAAUCUUUCGGAGCUGCUAUUUCACUCUCUUCUAGGAUUUUUUUUCCUGAAAACCAGCAUGUUCAUGGAAUGCUAACCUUGGUGUUUUUGUAAGAGGGGAUGUACAUAAAUGUAUUUUGCACUGUCACAUGACUCCCUAGGCAUGCUUUUUUUUUUUUAAGCAAACUUUGAAUAUGCUAGAGCCAUUUCACCAAGUUUAGCUGUAGCAUAGAGUAGUAGUGGAUUUUUUCCUUUUUUUUUUUUUGUUGAAAAAUCAUUAUUGGGACUUUUUUUAAAAAAAAAAAUAACAAGAUAAUCUACUUUUAAAAAAAAAGGCAGUGCAUGUAUAUUGCUGUAAGGUUGUUUAAGUAUUUCUAAUUUUACAAAAAAA